AUGUUUGGAUUCCACGUGCCAACAGUGUGCGGCAAGUUCGUCCGGACGACAAAAUGGGAGAAGACCUGGACGGCGUGUUUUACCAAUCUGCUCAACGAUGUGAUCAAAUAUGACAACGAGACCAACGGUCAUUGGCCAGAGUUCGAUGCUGCCUGCAAGCAGGUAAUCGCUGUCGUUAUUCCAAGACUCCUAGGUGCUCUCCAGUCGGAUGGUCGAAAUAUCGAGCCAGUGUUGAUCCACGGUGAUUUGUGGGAACAGAAUGUUGGCAUCGACAUGGAAACUGGCGACACGAUCCUGUUCGACCCCGGAGCUUACAACGACAUGUUGUACUUGUGCGAGAAGUACGCACCGCUGGAGGGCCUAGGCACGUACCGUCCAGAGAAUGACGUUAGCGUUACUGGCGCCUACAUCGAGCACGAGACCACGAAGAUGAGCCAUCUCCAUCAUGCCGUAAAGACGUGA